CAACCUUCAAACUGAUUUAUCUUGAGAGCCGCUGCCGAUAGCUAUCAGCUCUUGUGAUACUUGAUAUCUGAAGCGUGUGAAGUCUCUUACUCGGAAUCUCCACAUGGCUCUUGCUCUUCGAGCGACGAACGAGCGGUAACCGUUGGACUUGCUGAGCUCCGCGUGGGACCAUCCGCUUGCUAUUCUCACGAUGGAUCUCGUCCAGAAAGAACACGAGCGCCUGUCAAAGCGAUUAAAAUCGUCCGAAAGCAUUCAAAGUGUCCAGGAUGCAAUAGACUUACUUCAGUCGACCAGGGACAAGAUCGCCUCCGAUCCAAAUCAAGCCUCGGUUGCCUUGGCCAAACUCCAAAAUCCUAUCAAAUUGUCAUUCGAUGCCAUCAAUGACAACCUAAAGGAAACUCACAGCGGCCUGAACAAGUACUCAAAGGCCUUAGAUAAGCUCUUUAAAGAUAGGCCUCUACCGAGCUCCGAACACGAUGUCCUCUCGUCCCAGGAACACCUAAUCAACCGGGCCAUCGCCAUGCACUUACUCCGCGAAGGACAGUUCUCCGUGGCUUCUGCAUUUCUGUCAGAGGUAGCCGCGAAAAGGGCUGCAGAAAAACAACAGAGCUUUGACUCCGAUAAUAUGGAUGAAGCUGCCGCGCUCUUGGACAUUGGUGGAGUGCCUUCAAGCAAAGUCCGCGACGAAUUCCACAACAUGUACCGGAUACUUCACGAACUCAAAGAGAAUAAUAACUUGCUGCCAGCUAUAGAGUGGUCGAGAAAGGAGGAGAACAAGGUGGCACUAGAGGCGAGAGGAAGCAACCUCGAAUUUGAAUUAUGCAGACUACAGUUCGUUUGGCUCUUUCAUGGUGGCCAAGAGCAGCGCGGACCUACUCCUGAAGGACGACAAGCAGCACUGGAGUAUGCCAGGCGCGAAUUUCAAGCUUUCUUUCCCAGAUACAUGCGAGAAAUCCAGCAGCUAAUGGGAGCGAUGGCUUUCAGCCCUAAUCUGCCUGACUCUCCUUACAAAAACAUCUUCAACAAUCCGUCUGCAUGGUCUGAUGUAUCACAUUCUUUCACUCGAGAGUUCUGUGCAUUACUAGGACUGUCCCCUGAUUCGCCGCUCUAUAUUGCUGCGACUGCCGGUGCGAUAGCUCUACCUACACUAUUGAAGUUGCAGACCAUCAUGAAAGCCAAACGGACCGAGUGGACUACAGAGCACGAACUACCGGUCGAGAUUCCACUUCCGCCGUCCUACCUAUUCCAUUCUAUUUUUGUGUGUCCUGUUUCGAAAGAACAGACGACCGACGCAAAUCCGCCCAUGAUGAUGCCCUGCGGUCAUGUGAUUGCGGAAGAGUCGCUCAAACGACUCUGCAAGGGCACAAGAUUCAAGUGUCCAUACUGCCCUAACGAGAGUCAUCCUCGGGAAGCCAAGAAAGUGUUUCUUUAAGACAGGGAUUCCGGUCUGGCUGGUGUAUCAUGAGCAGGAUUCUCCGUCAUAUCAGACAGCGUUGAGUUUGUAUACAAAGGGCGUUUUCAGGGCGGCGCAUU